GCGCGGAGCGGGCGGUGAGGCGGGAGCGGAGUGCGGGCUCUUGGGCGGGCGUGCGCUGGCGACAGCAGCGGCAAGGCUAGCUUUGGUUUCUUCCCACGGUUCUUAGAAAAGCCAGUGUUGAAGCGGAGAGGAUUAGAGUGGUAGAGGGGACAUACGGCCCCUUCUUGCCUUCUUGUGCUAACCAUCAUCACUGUACUCGGCUGUACAAAAAGCACCACUGUGCUUCACAACCUCCAGCACUGGCCUAGGUAUACACUUCAGUUGGAGACACAACUGACUUGUACUGCACAGACAUGUCUAGAAAAGUGGAGCUGUCACUUUUACUGUAUGGACUCUUGCUCAGUAGCAUGGGAGAAGAGGAAGGACUGCAUCAAACACAAUUCCUGAGGCUAAGCAUGCCAGUAGAAACUCGGGAGGAGCGAGGAGAAACUGCCUCUCCAGUAGGUGAAAUACAGCCGGUGAGAUGUUUGCUUCUGUGCGAGGCAUCAGCCCCUGACUUCCAUCAAGUGUGGAGCUUAAUGGGAGCCAGGAGCUGGGAGCCCCUGCCUCUCUCCGGCCAUGCCUUGUGGACCUGCUCACCCCUGGUUCCCGAAUGUCGCCUUUGGGACCCGGUCCACAUGUUCCUGACCCCUGUUGUACCACACUGGCCAUUCUAGAACAUGGACACAAUGUUUGUACGAGGAUUGAAGAGAAAAUGUUUUGAUGGUGAAGAAGAUAUUGAAGGGACUCUGGCUGGUAUUAAGGCUAUCCCUUCCUAUAAUCUCCAGCGGCAGUCACUUUUAGAUAUGUCCUUGGUUAAACUUCAGCUGUGUCACAUGCUGGUCGAACCCAACCUUUGUCGUUCAGUACUUAUAGCCAACACAGUACGGCAGAUCCAAGAGGAAAUGACUCAAGAUGGGACUUGGCAGAUGAUAAAUACACAGAGUACAGGGCAGGCAUCCCUGGAUCGUCUUGUUUCAACAGAUAUCCUCUGCCGUUCAUCUAGGGAUCAAGCUGAGGGAAAGCAUGUUCCAGCCUAUGGUACUUUCAAUAAAGACUUUGAGAGUGACCAGGGACAAGAUAGUUCAGAAACUAUGUCAACAGCCUCUUCAGUGCAAGCACCAAGAAACUUACAGAGCAACGUGUGGGAAAUGGAGAAUCCACAAGAAAAUAAAGGAAACUUUCAAAAAUCUUUAGAUCAAAUAUUUGAGACACUGGAGAAUAAAAGUCCUAAUUCUGUUGAAGAUCUGUUUUCAGAAGUUGACAAUUCUUAUUAUGAUCUUGAUACUAUGUUAACUGGCAUGAUGAGCAACACAAAAAUGGGACACUGUGAUAAUCUUGAAACAUUUUCUACUCCAACAAAUACAGCUUCUAACUCUAAUUGUAAAUCUGAUCUUAAUGACCUUGAUCAUAUUGUUGAAAUCCUUGUUGAAUCCUGAACCUCAUUGCAUAGGAGGUAAAGAUCUGUUAAUGGGAAGAAAAGACUUGAGAAAGGAAUUUCCACAGUUUGUUCUGUCAAAUCUGCACGAGUAUUUUACAGGUAUCUAUAUAUUAUAUAGAUAUAUAUGUUAAGAAGCACUUCAUAUUGCAAAAUAGUGUUAACUCUUAAGGUUAACCUGUAACUUGUAGUGUAACAAUCUGAUUUAUCCUCCACUGAACAUUAAGUACAUAUGGACAAAAUGUCUACGUUGGGGGUCCAAGGCUCUUGAAAUUGGGUUCUUUUUACCAAUUUCUUUUAGCCUUUGAUAGAGGAUAUCCUCAGGGAGAGGGAUUCUCUCAUCUUAUACUUCCCCCAUAAAAAUGGUAAUAAACAGAGAGAGAAGUUGGAUAAUUGGUUUCCUAUUUUCCUCUGGUUUCUACUUUGUUACACCACAAAACUCCUACCAUACCUGCUGCUUCUGUUUUAUGUCGCUACAUGGCUCUUAAAGAGCAGUAUGCAAUAGUCUUUGUUAUCCUUGCUAGCUUCUUCUGGGUUUUGCUACAAUUUUUACUUCAGAAAUAGUUUUAAAGUGUUUAUUGGUGUUUAGAUUUUUCCAGGUAUUUUCCUAAAAUAUAUUUUUUACUACAGAUUUAUGUCAGCUGCUGAUUUAGUAACUUUUGAUCAUAUCUGCAGUUGAUGUAUUUUUUGCAAGAUUUUCAAAAAGGGAUGUUUUUUUACCAUGAGCUACCCAAUGUAGUUCAGUAAAGUGUAUGUAAAUGUAAAUAUACAAUUUUAUACUUUGCAUUAAAAUGUAAGAGCUGUUUUCAUGAUUCUGUUUUAUAGCGUAGUACUUUACUAAAUUGAGAAUUGUACAUUUAUGCUUUUCAUACCCCACAUAUUUGAGUAUCAUUAUAGGAAGAGCUUUGAUCUAGCUAGACACAAUUACAUUUAAUUCAUUUCAGACCAUACUUUUUGUUAACUACAAACCUAAAUGAUGUAGGUUUUUAUUUAUGUGUAUUUAUAUGUAAAUGUCAUCAAGUGAAUUGUUUAUCAUUGAAGUCUACCAUCAAAUAUUUGUUUAUAUGGGAUAACUAUCUUGCACUAAUUACUACAAAAAGUGUUACUGGCGGCCUUUAAGUCUCACUGGUUGGAAUGUCAUGAUGUCUUGUCAUAAUUAAUAUGCCCCACUCUUACCAAGGGUUUCCUUUUGGCUUUUUUAAAUAACAAAAAAUGUAAUACAA